AUGUCGGUAAAUAAUGUAGAGCCUGUACAUAUUGUAAACACCAAUCAAACUUACGUCAGAAAGUUCAGGUUGUACGGCAUGAAAACUACGUUCAAGUUUAACAGACCCCCUGUCGGUACGACCGAGUUAGAUUGGAUCAAGCGAGGGUUUGAAGAAGUUGUAGAUCGUAUGAAGUAUUGUAACCGGUGCAUACACAGCAACGAGUCUUGUGACAGCUGCGUGCAGCGUAGAAAAAUCUUUGAACAAGACCCAAUAUCUAAUUUUAUGCACUACGUAAUGGAAGUGCGCAAACCGUACAAAGACGUUUGCGUUAUUGCCCACAAUGGACAAGGGUUCGACUUCCAGUUUGUCUUGAAAUACGUGUUAGAACAAACAAAGUUUACUCCAGAAGUCAUCACACGGGGGACUAAAGUGAUAUUGAUGGAGCUUGACAAUGUACGUUUUAUAGACUCCCUCAACUACUUUCCAAUGGCUUUGUCUGCCCUACCUAAAGCCUUCGACUUAGGCCCUGAAAAGAAAAAAGGCUACUUUCCGCAUCUCUUCAAUACACUCGCGAACCAGAACUACACAGGACCUAUACCUGCAAAAGAGUACUACUGUCCUGAUUCAAUGUUUGAGAAAAACAACAAGGACUUUGAAAAGUGGCACAACGAGCAGGUAUGCAAUAACUAUGUAUUUGACUUCCAGAAGGAAUUAAUUGAAUAUUGUAUAUCUGAUGUUGACAUCUUGGCUAAAGCUUGUAUUAAAUUUAGAUCACUCUUUAUAUCCGAAUGCAAUGUUGACCCAUUUUUAGAGGCUGUCACUAUAGCUAGCGCGUGUAACCUGGCAUUUAGACGUAAUUUCUUGAAGCCAGAGACAAUAGGCAUAAUACCGAAGAAAGGAUACAGGUUGGUGGAUACCCAGUCGUCUGCUGCACUCCAGUGGUUAGCUUAUGAGGAAGAGCAGCGGGGUGUGAGGAUCCAGCAUGCUGGUCGAGAGCGGGAGGUUAAAAUCGAGGGGAUGAAGGUGGAUGGUUUUGAUGGGGCGCGAAUAUAUGAGUUUCAAGGUUGCUACUACCACGGUUGCCCAAAGUGCUUUCCGUACAAAAGAGAAGAGCCUCUGAAAGAAGACCCAUCUGACACCCUCGAAUUGAGAUACGAGAGGACAAAAGCCAAAAUGGAAAAACUCUCUCGAACCCCCUACGAACUAGUAGAGAUGUGGCAAUGCGGAUUUAACAAUCUGAAAAGAGAUCGAGAUCUCACACAUUUGGAAAAUCAUCCCGUGUUGACAACCUUACCGCUCAAUCCCCGAGACGCUUUCUUCGGAGGAAGGACGGGGAAUGCGAUGACAUACCACAGGUGUACGGAAGAUGAGCAAAUACACUACGUAGACGUAUGUUCCCUCUAUCCCUACGUCUGUAAACGGGGCAAAUAUGCGAUUUCCCAUCCUACCAUCUACAUUGGUGACAAAGAGUGCAGGGAAAGGGGAAUGCAAGCUGAGGGUCUUCUAAAGUGCAAAGUGCUUCCUCCAAAAGAUCUGUACCACCCAGUGCUUCCAGCUCGAAUGAAUGACAAAUUAAUGUUCGUACUGUGCAAUGAUUGCGGCGAAGAGCUCAACAGCGGAGAAUGUCAACAUAGCGACGACGAAAGGGCGUUGAUUGGCACAUGGACGAUGGAUGAAAUACGCAGAGCAGUUGAAAAAAGCUACAAAGUUGUCGAAAUGUACGAGUUGUGGGAGUACAAGAUGGCCACCUUCGAAGAAGGUGGACUGUUCACUGAAUUUAUAGAUAAAUUCUUAAAGAUAAAACAAGAAGCAUCUGGCUAUCCCUCCUGGUGCGUCACAGAUGAGGAUAGAGAGAGGUAUGUUCAAGACUACUUCGAGCACGAAGGAAUCAGACUAGAUCCAGUUAAAAUAGAGAAAAACGAAGGUCUCCGUUCUCUCGCAAAACUAAUGCUUAACUCGUUUUGGGGCAAGUUUGGUCAAAGGGAAAACCAAACAAAGACUCUCAUCACAAGGGAUCCUGAAGAACUCUUUAGACUAUGCAUGGACUCAGGAGUUAUCGUCAACACAAUACAGGAAGUCAGUGAAGACGUUGUUCUGGCAGAUCUCGUGGAGAUGAUACCGUACGCUGGUGAAAACAAGGGGAUGAAGUAUAUACUGACAAUUAUAAACUGUCUGACAAAAUUCGCAAUAGCUGUACCGUUAAAAAGUAAAGCAGCAGUGGAGGUAGCUAAAGCGCUGGAACCCAUUCUACAAAAACACAAGAUGAAGAACUUCCAGACUGAUCAGGUGUACGCUGUAAAACCGACAAAUCCCAAGACUUAUAUCCUGCAAGACUCACAAGGAACCAUCUUGAAAGGUGGAUUUUAUGAGCCUGAACUGGCCAAGGCGAACACGGGAAACGUUUAUUUAAUUGAAAAAGUGUUGAGAAGAAAGAAAGACAAGGUUUGCUCAAAGUGUACAGAGUCAUUCGUGAUCAUGGAGCGAAAGAGUGAAGACAUACAGGCUACUGUCGCUGCUGCUGUGUUGAAGGAGGAGGAGGAGAAGCAGCUGGAAAUCAUGGAUCUUUCGUCAAAACUGACAUCCCUCGAAAAGCAGGGUGAAAUUCAACCAAAGAUUUCAAUAAAGGAAUUAACGCGGAAAUCAGGAUACAAGAUUCUUGAGGCGAGGAAGGUUCACACCAAAUUUGACAGGAUGGCUGUCAUGCUGGUGAUAGAACAGGAUGGAUCGAAGACGGCUGUAACAUUUUUGCCUGCUAGGUUCGAGAGAUGCCUUAACGAGGAAGAUCUGCAAGAGAUGACAACGUCAAAAAAGUUUAGAGUUCGGUGUAGCGGAUCUAAUGGACUUUCAGCGGACGUAAGGAUAUGGAAGUAA